AUGUGCGAAUAUAACCAGUCUCGCUCAUCCGACUCCUCGGCCACCUCUGGUUCUAGCGGCUCUUCAUAUCAACUCAUCCUGGAUCACAUCCUCAAUUACCCAGGCAGCUAUGAGAUACCACUACGCACCAUGUAUGCGCUCAAUUGUCAUCCGCCAAGCUCGCCGACUUCCAGUACUGCCAGCUCGCCCGCCAUUUCCCAGGGCGGCUUCCCAGAUGGUCAGACGACUGAGAGCCUCACGCAAAAUCUGAUGACGCAGCUUUCCAAUCUACCGGGCAAGGACCACAAGAAACCGCCCAGCUUCAUCACCUCCUUCGUCCAGCGAUGCUUUCCUGCCCAGCUGACCCAAGUCGACUUUCCACAGGCGCUUACCGGACUGGAUUAUCUCAAGGAUCUCGAGACGCGUCGGCGAAGUGAAGUCGCCUCCGCCAUGGACCGCCUGGACAUUGACCGCGAGGCUCUGACGCGCGAAGACGCCGGCCUCGCUGAGAAGUAUCCCGGUGUGGCCCAAUGGGUGAAGUCGAUCGAGGAGAAGGAGCGCAAGAUCGACACGCUGUACACACAGGUGUACAUUGGCCUCCGACGAUGGGUCAUCAUCAAUGAGCUCUCACUUAUGCCUUUCCACAAGCACAACUGCGUGGCUAUGCUCAACACCCUCUACCCGCCGAUGGGCAUGCAGACUCAGCCAACGAGCAAGCUCACACCUGCCGUCCUCAAGUCUCAACGCAAUGGUUUCUUCAAGUACAUCCAAGCGGUCGAAAGGAACGGACCAAGCGUCUUGACCAACCUGGUUCAGCAGGGCAAGGCGCCGUCCGACGUCAACGGCUGGGUUGCGGUGACGCGUACUCUGAGCAUCUAUCUGCAGCUCGCGAACAGCAUCAUCAAUGAAUGUAUCGCGAUUUCCGAUGCUCAAGACGUCUCACCACACAAGAAGCGUGACUCGAACCAGUCGCGCCACACCCGCAAAGCGGAUUCUGGGAUCAGCUUUACCUCUGAGCAUCGACCCUCAACUCGCGGCUCAGUGGGAGAGCCUGUUUCGCCGAUGGAGCCUAGCAGACCGAAGACUCCCGGUAGCUCCAGGCAAGGGUCAGCGACAGCUUUGGAGAAGCUCGCUCGCGGUCUGAAGACCAUCGGGCGUAGCAGGACGGAUGUGACGGAGAUGAUCUCGGGCGAGAGUCAUUCCUCCUUCCAGCAGGCGGAGAGACCAAAGAUGCUCCGAAAGAUGCGCAGUCUGGGCUCUCUCGGCGAGCGCAAGGGCAGCGUGUCCACGACGACCUCGCGCCAAGAAUCGGACACGCCUGCUUUUGACGUGGAGGAGAUGCGACGACAACGAUUGCAGUACGAGGCCCGGAAGAAGGACGACAAACGAGCAAGCAACGAAGUCUGA